AUGGUAUGUGCUUCAGCUGAAGCAAUUGAAUCUUGUGAUGAAAUCUUGAUUCAGAUUCUAAAACAUUUACCUGCAAAAUCCCUUUUCCGUUUUAAGUUAGUUUCCAAGAGAUGGUCGUCUCUUAUUUAUGAUCCCUUCCUUAAAUCAAUUUGGAAGCCGAGAGUGUCAGGCCUCUUCAUCCAGAUAUCUACCAAGAAAACUUGCAAAACCAAGCAUGAGUACAUCCAAGUGGAAGCCAAGCUGCCUAAUAGUCUCCAAGACAAUCUCAGUUUUCUGAAUUCUGAUGGAAACAGCAUCUGUGGUACUGAGAUCUUGAGCUCUUGCAAUGGAUUGUUUCUGAUCCUUUGUAAAAAAGGCAGUAAACUUUUCUACAACCACAGGUACUAUAUAUGUAAUCCAACAACCAAAGAGUAUGUUGCAGUUCCAUGCCCUGAAAGGCGUAGCGCGUGGAAGGAAGUGAAUAUGUUUUUGGCGUACGAUCCUUCCGAAUCAAUAGCUUACAAAGUGGUAGCAAUCAGCUUUCUUCGCAGAUCACAGAUUUUUGUCAAUAUGUAUUCUUCAGAGAGCAAGUCAUGGAAAGGCAUGGAAGGAGUUCCGUUAGGUGAUGUUUGUUUCAACUUGGGAGUUUAUUUUGAUGGCUCCAUCCUCUGGCCAGCACUAACGUCAGAGGAAUCGCAAUGUUUUAAUGUUUCCUCAGAAGUUUUCCAGCGAUUUGCAAUGCCUCCGCUGCAAAAGAGUAAUCAGCAAAGAAAGCUGAAACAUUUUGGAAAGACUAAUGAAGGCCAUUUAUGCCUAAUCGUGGGAUCCAACUCUGAUGCUAAUAUGCUCUUUGUCCAUCAGAUGAAGCGUGGCCAGUUCAACUGGUCUGUGAAGUACCAUGUUGAUCUUACCAGCCUUGCUUCAGCUUUCCAUGUUCUUUACAUAGCUAGCAACGAAGAUGAGGUAUCAUCCAUGAUUUUACUUGUAAAAGGCAGAGCCAUGUCGCACGAGUUCAAGGAUAAAACCUACAAGGAGCUCCAGAAGAUAGCGCUACCUGAUCAGAAAUGCUUAGUUGUACAUCAGUUGAUUGAAAAUCCAUUCUGCUUGCUCAACUAA